GAGGAUGUUUUAUUUUUUUUUUUGAGAGAGAUUGGUGUUUUCUACCAGUUUGAUGUGUUUGUUUGUUAGGCCCCUCUUUAGAUUUUCUCCGUCCCGUUUUCAUUUCCUCCCAGCUUGUUUCUUCUUCUCAUACUCGAUAGAUUGAGAGAGAGAGAGAGAGAGCAUAAUCAAUUUUCUAUGUUUUUGGAACUUUAUCCGGAAGUUUUGUGCGUUGUAUUCUUGAAUUGAAGAGUUGAGGAUCUAAGCUAGGGUUUCGUUUCUGUGUGGCUUUUUCUGAGUUAAGGGUAUUGUUGGUGGGGGUUUGAUUCCACCGGUGGAUCGAAAUGUUGAUUAGAAAUGCGAAUUUGCGGAAAUUUUAGCUCCGAUCUUGAAUAUAGAGCGCGAAUCGGGAGGUUGAGUAAAUGGAUGUGGAUUCUUCUUCGAUGCUACCGGAGGGUGAUCACGAUCCGGCGGUGCAGAACCCCAAUACGGCCUCGUCUCCUGCUGCAAUGGAGAGAGAGCAGCUAGGCGACUCGUCGCCGGCUCAGUCUCCGACGCAAACACCUCCGCAACAGCAGCAGCAGCAGCAACCGGCACCUCAGGUGCAGCAGAGCCCCGUGGUGGGGCCGAGGCACGCUCCGACUUAUUCGGUUGUUAAUGCAAUUCUAGAGAAGAAAGAGGACGGGCCGGGCCCAAGGUGUGGCCACACUCUCACCGCUGUUGCGGCGGUUGGGGAGGAGGGCACGCCUGGGUUUAUCGGUCCUAGGUUGAUUUUGUUUGGAGGUGCUACCGCGCUCGAGGGAAAUUCCGCAGCUUCGGGGACUCCUUCAUCAGCCGGGAGCGCCGGCAUUCGACUAGCGGGUGCUACAGCUGAUGUGCACUGUUAUGAUGUACUAACAAAUAAAUGGUCUAGGAUCGCUCCCUUUGGGGAACCGCCGACACCAAGGGCCGCCCAUGUGGCCACUGCUGUAGGAACUAUGGUAGUUAUUCAGGGUGGAAUUGGUCCAGCUGGUUUGUCUGCUGAGGAUCUACAUGUUCUUGACCUCACACAGCAACGGCCGCGAUGGCAUAGAGUUGUUGUCCAAGGCCCUGGCCCAGGGCCACGUUAUGGGCAUGUGAUGGCUUUAGUGGGGCAAAGGUAUCUUAUGGCAAUUGGUGGGAAUGAUGGAAAGCGGCCUUUGGCUGAUGUAUGGGCCCUGGAUACGGCGGCCAAGCCUUAUGAAUGGCGUAAGUUGGAACCAGAAGGGGAGGGUCCACCUCCAUGCAUGUAUGCAACAGCAAGUGCACGCUCUGAUGGUCUUCUACUGCUCUGUGGAGGGAGGGAUGCAAACAGUGUGCCACUGGCAAGUGCGUAUGGACUUGCUAAACAUAGGGAUGGUCGAUGGGAGUGGGCAAUUGCUCCUGGUGUUUCACCAUCUUCCAGAUAUCAACAUGCAGCAGUCUUUGUUAAUGCACGGCUUCAUGUGUCUGGAGGGGCCCUUGGUGGGGGCAUGGUAGAAGACUCUUCUAGUGUUGCAGUGUUGGAUACUGCUGCGGGCGUUUGGUGUGAUACAAAAUCCGUUGUUACUAGUCCUAGGACUGGCCGAUAUAGUGCUGAUGCAGCCGGUGGAGAUGCUGCAGUUGAAUUGACAAGGCGUUGCAGGCAUGCAGCAGCUGCAGUUGGUGACUUGAUAUUUAUUUACGGUGGUUUACGUGGCGGGGUGUUGCUCGAUGACCUACUUGUUGCUGAAGAUCUGGCAGCUGCUGAAACAACAAAUGCUGCUUCACAUGCUGCGGCUGCUGCUGCAUCAAAUGUUCAAGCAGGGCGGUCACCUGGACGCUAUGGAUUCAUUGAUGAGAGGACUAGGCAAACAAUGCCUGAAGCAGCUCCUGAUGGCGCAGUUGUGCUGGGAAAUCCAGUUGCUCCCCCUAUAAAUGGCGACAUGUAUACUGAUAUAAGCACCGAAAAUGCCAUGCUCCAGGGAUCACGGAGAAUGAGCAAAGGUGUUGAGUAUUUGGUUGAAGCAUCAGCAGCAGAAGCAGAAGCCAUAAGUGCCACGUUAGCUGCUGCCAAGGCACGGCAAGUUAAUGGAGAAGUUGAACUGCCUGACAGGGAUCGUGGGGCAGAGGCUACCCCAAGUGGAAAACUGAUAUCUACCUUAAUUAAGCCUGAUUCUGAUGUGUCAAAUAAUAUUGUUCCAGCUGGCGUUCGGCUGCAUCACAGAGCUGUUGUUGUAGCUGCAGAGACUGGUGGAGCUUUAGGUGGCAUGGUCAGACAACUUUCAAUCGAUCAAUUUGAAAAUGAAGGCAGGCGGGUCAGUUAUGGAACCCCAGAGAGUGCAACUGCUGCUAGAAAACUAUUAGAUCGGCAAAUGUCCAUCAAUAGUGUGCCCAAAAAGGUCACGGCACAUCUUCUAAAGCCUCGUGGAUGGAAGCCUCCAGUUCGCAGGCAAUUUUUUUUAGAUUGCAAUGAAAUAGCUGAUCUUUGCGACAGUGCAGAGCGCAUAUUUUCCAGUGAGCCAAGUGUCUUACAGCUGAAGGCUCCCAUCAAAAUAUUUGGUGAUUUACAUGGGCAAUUUGGGGAUCUCAUGCGCCUUUUUGAUGAGUAUGGAGCACCUUCAACUGCUGGGGAUAUUGCAUAUAUCGAUUAUCUAUUCUUAGGAGAUUAUGUUGACCGAGGCCAGCACAGCCUGGAAACUAUUACUCUAUUGCUUGCUUUGAAGGUAGAAUAUCCCCACAAUGUACAUUUAAUUCGUGGGAAUCAUGAAGCUGCAGAUAUUAAUGCUCUUUUUGGCUUCCGGAUUGAGUGCAUUGAGCGUAUGGGUGAGAGAGAUGGAAUAUGGGCAUGGCAUCGGAUAAACCGACUAUUCAAUUGGCUUCCUCUGGCAGCUCUAAUUGAAAAGAAAAUAAUUUGUAUGCAUGGUGGUAUUGGUCGUUCUAUAAAUCACGUAGAACAGAUCGAGAGUCUUCAGCGUCCAAUAACAAUGGAAGCAGGCUCAAUCGUGCUGAUGGAUUUAUUGUGGUCCGAUCCAACAGAAAAUGAUAGUGUGGAAGGACUGCGACCUAAUGCCAGAGGUCCUGGGUUAGUUACUUUUGGGCCUGAUCGUGUUAUGGAAUUCUGCAACAACAAUGAUCUUCAGUUAAUUGUACGAGCACAUGAAUGUGUGAUGGAUGGCUUUGAGCGCUUUGCCCAGGGACAUUUGAUUACACUUUUCUCAGCCACCAACUACUGUGGUACUGCAAAUAAUGCUGGAGCAAUCUUAGUUUUGGGUAGAGAUCUGGUGGUGGUCCCAAAACUUAUUCAUCCGUUGCCUCCAGCAAUUUCAUCACCAGAAACAUCACCGGAGCGUCAUAUAGAAGAUACAUGGAUGCAGGAGUUGAAUGCCAACAGGCCUCCGACCCCAACUAGAGGCCGUCCUCAAGUAACAAAUGAUCGAGGUUCCCUUGCUUGGAUAUAGUACAUUUGUUGGAAUUGUUUUACUGUAUUCAUUCCAAGCCCAUGCUAUCACCUUGAGUUACUGUUCUGUAUAGAGCAUGAUGCCAUAUACAGGGAAUCUCCUGUACUUGUGAUCUUGGUUCCCUGAUAGAAAUUGGGCAGCUUUCGGAAUUUCGGGUUCUCACCACACAAUUGGUCAGCCUUGAGAUGAAGCUGUUUGGAGAACCAGGUUGCAGGCGGCAGAUAGUUUUUUUUCCUGAUGUGCUAAAAGUUACAAUUCGGGUCCGCACACCGUUUGUAAAUUGAGCCACGGGCAGGUAGAAGUCAGUCUUGGUUAUUUCUUCCAAUGGGUUGGUAGUGAUGGGUUAUUUUCCAUAAUUAAUUAUAUAUUUUUUAUUUCUUGUUUUAGGCCUAUUAAUUUUUUUUUUUCCUAUUUUGAGAGGACUCGAGGUCUUUUAUACCUGAUGGUGAGAUAUAUAUAAUCUGUGGACGUCCAUGUAUCAUAGAGGUGUUGCUUUGUGUAAUUUUCAUCUCUGCGUUGUACAACGCAACUUUCGUGUGAAGAUAUAAGUUUUUGCCCGACACAGAUGAAAAAUAUGUCAAGUUUUGGCCAUAGAAUCUUGUAUCUCGUUUUCUCUUCCACGGAAUUAAAGAUGUAGCUUUGCCUUUGACUUA